CGCAGUCGUUGGUUUGUUGCCGGUAGCAAUGGACGGGAAAAAAUUGACGAUAUUGUUAUUAGUGCUCUCACCUGUUUUUAUUGUGAGUAUUUUUAUUUUCUGGUUGUUUUUUGCAGCAUGGACCACAUCCAGGGAGGACAGAAGAGAGGCUCGUGUGAACGAGCGCGACCCUCGGAGGACGGUGCACUACCACUCCAAGAGACAUAUGUUACCUGAGCCUGAAUCCAAGAGGCGGGCUACCACGCCACGAGCUAGGGAGUUCAGGAAAAAGCCAUCAGGACAUUUAACACCUCUAGAAGAAGAUGACAUCGAUAAUGAUGAGGUGAUCUCCGUCGCCAUUGGCCCUCCUCCCAUCCGACCGAAAUACGACAAGGUGCACUGGAAGCAUCCUCCCAAGGCAGUCUCUCACAACGUCUCCAACGCAACAGCCACCAACCUGGUCAAGGACAUCAUCGUACAACUCGGCAGAGAAUUCCUUUCACGACAAGUCAGCGAAGAUUUUGUCUUCGGCCAGUACGUCGGCAAUGCCAUGAAGAACCUUACUGCAGAUGUCAAACUAAGAAUGCAACACGAAGUUCUAGAACUAAUCGUCAAAUAUCAAAGACUCAGUAAAGGUGACGCCACAACAAGAUCUGAAGAAAAAGUGACAAGUACCAAUUCUUUGCCCAUCUUAAAGGAUAUUAAGAUGGAGAAAAAAUUUACUAAUGCCAACGAAACGGAGGAUACGUGGCCAGAUUUCUCGAAUUUAGCUAAGAUCGUUGGUUAAUCUAUGUCAUAUAAUUUUGUAA